GAAGUUGAAGGUUCCCCUAGAGACAGCUGCAAAGUUCCCAGAACACUAAACACACCACAGUUAAUUAACUAUCAAGUGGGCUGCGCUGGAUCAACAUCCCAAAACACAAAGUUGGAGCAAGAACAGGAGCAGGAGAAUAAUGGAAGCUGCCCCGUCCAGAUGCCUGUUUCUAUUAUUUCUCUUCACGUGCUGGCUGUCCCUGGAAGUUGUUGCUGAAGUUCAGGGAUCCUCAGAUGGUCCUGGUGACUCCCAGGGCCCUGUGAGGCUCACAGAUGUCCCGGCUGCCGUGGAAUUCCUUGCUGCUGCUGAUGUGGCUGUCGUGGGCUUCUUCCAGGAUUUAGAAAUACCAGUGGUGUCCAUAUUCCGUAGCAUGGUGCAAAAAUUCCAAGAUGUGUCAUUUGGAAUUAGCACUGCUUCUGAGAUCCUGGCCCACUACAACAUCACUGGGAACACCAUCUCCCUCUUUCGUCUGGUAGAUAAUGAACGACUGAAUUUGGAGAGUGAAGACAUUGAAGGCAUUGAUGACACCAAAUUAACCCGUUUCAUUGAGAUCCACAGCCUCCACUGGGUGACAGAGUACAACCAUGUGACUGCAAUUGGUCUAUUUAAUAGCAUGGUUCAGGUUCAUCUACUACUCUUGAUGAACAAGGCCUCCUCAGAGUAUGAAGAAAGCAUACAAAAAUUCCAGAAGGCAGCUCAGCUCUUCCAAGGAAAGAUUCUUUUUGUGUUGGUGGACAGUGGUGUGAAGGAAAAUAAGAAAGUGAUAUCAUAUUUCAAACUAAAGGAAUCUCAACUGCCUGCUUUGGCAAUUUACCGCACUGUUGAUGAAGAACGGGAUACACUGUCUGUUGAAGAAGUUUCAGUAGAACAGGUGCAAAACUUUUGUGAUGGAUUCCUGGCAGGAAAAUUGUUGAGAGAAAAUCAUGAUGCAAAGGAAAAGACUCCAAAAGUGGAACUCUGAUUUUUUCCCUGAUACUUCUGCCUAUUAACCAUUGUCUACAAUAUGCUGAAUAAAAAGAAACAAUUCAAACCUCAGAGACACUAAACGACAGGAUCAUCAGGUUUCCACAAACGUGUGCACACACACGCUUUCUUUGUCAUUAAAAUCUCAAUCACUGUCCUCAUCCUUUCUUUUAAAAUGCCUACAUGGUCUCACUAUUCAUCCAAUGGUCUCUCAUGCAUCUACACUAUGUGGCCAUACACUAUAAUAUAAUAUAAAGUAUUCCAGUGGAUGGAAGAUUUCAGAGAAAUACUGUGCUGCUCUGUGAAGAAGCGACAUUCCUAGGGAGAGAUUGUGCUGAUUUGUCAUUUAAUAUUGAAUUUGUACACGACAUAUGACUUACACGCAACAUAGUUUCUGCUCUUUCAAGUAACCUGUAAGUUGAAACUUUACUUUUCUCACAAGCAUGUGUCCCUCUCUAACUCGGUAUCAAAAAUAAAAGGAUGGUUUUAAACAUUUUUCUAGAACUGCCUUUUUACCAGAAUUUAAGUAAUGUUUCUAAACCUCUGGUCUUAGUAGAAUCAGGCCAUUUACAGACUCUGUUUGUUUAACGUUCCUAAUUCCCCAUGUAAAUGAACAACCCACAGAACAAAUAAAAGGCAAUCAUGUUA